UUAGGUUUGUAUUUUGUUUACUUCUGUCGGAACGUACUAAAAUUAUCGCAUUGUUUCGAGAGAGACGUGUGCAACGCCAUGUCUUUUCCUCGUAGUCGUAACUGAUCGAUGUUUUCGUUUCAACGCUGUCAAUAGAUUACAUCUAACAGUACUAUCUGUUCGUCUAUCAAGUCAAAGUUGGAUGGCACUGGAUGGAUUUAGAACAGCUGGACGGGCACCAGCUAGAACUGCUUGAAACAGUUUCGUGAGACGAUCAAAGACUGUCAACUGCCUAAUUCCGAAGAUGCGUACCUUGCACGCUGGCUAAUCGCCCGCGAUUUCGACAUUCCUAAAGCUGAAAAAAUGCUUCGAAAUUCGUUGGAAUGGCGCCGUCAGCACAAAAUCGACACUAUUCGGGAUGAUCUUAAACCAUCGGAAGUGCUCACAAACUACGUGUCUGCGAGUCUGGUCGGCCGGGACAAAACGCAAAGUCCUUUAUGGAUUACGCGAUACGGAAGGAUGGAUAUGAAGGGCGUUUUACGUUCGGCUAAGAAGAGGGACUUCAUCAUGUACGUCGUCUACCUGGUAGAGACCAGCAUUUGGCGAGUCAUUUCAGAUCCGCAAAAGUAUAAGCGUUCUCCGGAUACCAUGGUUCAAACCACUGUUAUAUUCGACCUGGAAGGUUUAUCAAUGCAGCACAUAACUAACAAGCAAGCUGUGGAUGCUGCCAUAAAAAUUAUUCAAAUCUAUGAAGCCAACUAUCCUGAAUAUCUCAGUCGUGUAUUCGUCAUUAACGCGCCCAAGGUCUUCAGCAUUGCAUAUCCCAUACUAAAGCCAUUCAUACACGAACGCACUAGGGAUAAGAUUAAAAUUUUUGGUCACGAUUCGAAACAAUGGAAAGCUGCAAUUUUGGCUGAAGUUGAUCCGGAAGAAUUGCCGGCUGCAUACGGAGGAAGUAUGACCGACCCCGAUGGCAACCCGAACUGCAUAACAAUCGUGAAUAUGGGGGGAGAAGUUCCAAAAUCUUAUUAUUUUAGUUGCAAACCGGAUACGGCCAAUAAAAAAACUUUGUCCGUUUCGAGCGGUUCUAAGGAACAUUUGGAGUUUCAAGUGGAUAAAGCUGGCAGCGUUUUGAAGUGGAAUUUUCAUUGCGAAGAUGGCGACAUUGUAUUCGCCGUGUACCGGAAACAAGGAAGCGCCCUGAUUCCGAUUGUUCCCGCCGAUCGAGUUGAUUGUCAGAUGUCACCUGAAGAAGGAGAACUUGACUGCGAUGAAACCGGCGUCUACGUCGUCGAGUUUGAUAACGGCUUUAGUUACCUUCGUUCAAAGAAGAUUUGGUACGCGAUUUCAGUGGAAUCAGCCACGGUAAGAGGUGCGGAUGGCAUUUCUUUGGAUUAGGGUAUGAACAUGUUGAAAAACUGUUGGCAAUAGACGUUCUGGUUAUUAUCAUUAAUACAAUAGACGAGUAGAGA